GCACCCUCCUGUAUAAGACAGAUGCUUCAGCAUCCACAAACACACUCCGGGCGGCAGCAGUCAUGGCAGACUUCGGUGGCAAACCCGGGGGAAAUGAUGGGAUUGCGCGUGCUUUGGGACAGCAAGCCGGUAAGGUGGUGGAGGGUGCAGUGAAGAAGGGCAUGAGUGCAUACGCACAGAAGGGGCAGAAGGGGCAGAAGGGUGGCCAGGAGGGUGAGAAGAAGAAGGAAGGAGGAGGAGGAGGAGGUCUCAACAUCGAUGACGUGCUGUCAUUCGACGGUGGAAACAAAAACGAGGGUCAGGGAGGUGGAGGAGGUGGAGGAGGUCUGGGGAACGUCGUUGGCGGGUUAUUUAAAUAGAAAACCUCCUUCAGCCCCAUCAAACCUCCACCUGCAGCCUCCUGAGAUGACUACAUCAUAUCAUGUUUGCUGUGUUUUAUCUUCUUUCACUUCAUGUUCAGCAGAAAAUUCAAAUUCUUCCGUCUGAUUGUUUUAUGAUUAUUAUCAUUGUUUGUCCUGCCUUAAUAAACAGGCACAAUUAAAAGA